AUGGCGGCGUCGCAGGAGUACAUGGACAAGGCGCUGCUCCGGCGGAGCUACCGCAACGUCUGGCAUACCGACCUCACCAACGCCAUCCAGGCGGAUUUCCCAUACUGCUGUCUGUCGCUGUGGUGCGGCCCAUGCGUCUCCUACAUGCUCCGCAGGCGUGCUCUCUACCACGACAUGUCGAGUUCUCUGUUCUUCAGUCUCGCUAAUCCAUGCGUCUCUGUCGGCGUUCCAGAUAUGUGUGCUGCGCCGGGUACAUGCCAUGCAGCGGCAGGUGCGGCGAGAGCAAAUGCCCAGAACUAUGCCUCGCAACAGAGCUCUGAUCAACCGGAUUUCCAGGCGUUCCUCUGCUUCGGCAGCUCGGUUGCUUCGACCAGGUUCCUGCUGCAGGACGAGUUCAACAUCCAGACGACCCAGUGCGACAACUGCAUCAUCAGCUCCAUGUUCUGCCUCCAGCAGCUGGCCUGCAUCUGCUCCCUGGUCGCCUGCAUCGUCGGCAACCAGGAGCUCUCCGAGGCUUCGCAGGCGAUCUCCUGCGUCUCCGACACGGUCUACUGGACGGUUUGCUCCUGUAUGCAGACGCAGCACAAGGUGGAGAUGGACAAGAGGGACGGCAAGCUGGGCGGGGCUGCGAUGACGGUCCCUCCGAUGCAGCAGAUGUCGCGCAUCGAUCAGCCGAUGCCGCCUCAGGUCGGGUAUGCGCCGCAGCCAGCGUCCUACAGGUAG